CUUUGCUUCCAAGGUUCAUGGCUGAGACGUAAAAAAAUUGAAAUCCUAACCUCAUAGAAGCGUCAUUUCGACUUCAUUUUGACGAGCAUUAAAUAAUUACAGCAUUGCGCGUUAUUUAUGGAAGUAAUAGAGCCAAGAUUGCAGGGCUUGCGAAGUGUCAAUUUUCAAAGUCUGGUUUUUGUCGAGCUUUUUUCUAGGCUCGAUUGCAUGCAAGAAGAGUUGGCAGACCUUUGUAAACAAAUAUCUCAGCAAAGACUGCAUGAUUGAAAAAUUCCCAAUUACUCACUGAUCUUGUUGGCUGUUUCUUUCCUUUGAAUUAAAAAAACAAAUCAUUCGACACCUGGAUCCCGACAUGUUUCGAUCCAGUUUCAACCCGAUAUGCGUCUAUGAUUAUUAAUUAGCUUGUGAAUAUCGAAGAAUGAGUGAAACUGCUGUUACCAACGAAAUGGUCGAACUAAAUGGAGGGUCAGAGCAACCUGCCCUCAAUGGAGAAACUGAGAACAACAAGUCGCCAGGAACUGUAGAAGAGAAAGUUCCUGACUCUGCCGUGGAUAGCGACCAAAAAAAAGGCCAUACCGCAGUCGUCGCCAGUAGCGGCACAGCUUCCGUUAGUAGAGGUAAAAAACGGAAAAAGGCUCCUCGUGAUGCAACAGCACCCAAACAGCCAUUGACUGGAUAUUUUCGAUUCUUGAACGAUCGGCGAGAAAAAGUGAGGACUGAUAAUCCCUCCAUACCAUUCCCCGAAAUCACUAAGAUGCUAGCUGCCGAGUGGAGUUCACUACCAGUAGAUCAGAAACAGCAAUAUCUUGAUGCUGCUGAACAGGAUAAGGAACGUUACAACCGCGAAAUCACCGAUUACAAGCAAACUGAAGCAUAUCGUUUGUUUAGCGAAAAACAGAACAAUGAGAAACUCAGUGAGAAUAAAAAGGAGAGGAAUGGAACGGAACCAACCUUAGAACAAAAUGAAGUACAGCAAGAGAAGGAUCACGACUUCUCUGGAUUUGAUAUUCCAAUUUUUACAGAGGAAUUUCUGGAUCAUAAUAAAGCUUGCGAAGCAGAGUUGCGCCAGCUGCGAAAAGCCACCUCUGAUUAUGAGGCUCAAAACGCAGUCCUUCAGCGUCAUGUAGACAGUUUGCACGCAGCCGUGAAUAGAUUAGAGUCCGAAACAAGUCAGCAACGCGCGACUAAUCAAUCGCUUCAGCGUCAUCUUGACUCGCUUCGAUCCCAACUAGCAGGGAGCUUUGCUACUAUACCUCUACAAGGCACUCACGACGGUGCUACCUUGCAGAAUAUCGAUGGAUACGUCGAGAGACUAGAAUCUCUACUUAGCAGUAACGUAGAUCCUGGGCUGCGAAAUACCGUUCGUGCUGCCGUAUCACGCCUGGAGUUGAUUGGAUGACGAUCACCCCCUGUUACGACAACAGCGACGAUCCCAAUCACUACAAACUCUGCAACAACCCUGAAGCAUCAUCGCUCGCGUCAUUCCCAUCGAAAAUGAGUUUAUCAAUAGAACUGAAAUAAGUUGUACUUUGCCAAUCUGAUAAAAAUGAUAAAGUUCUUCCCAUCCCUUGUUGCGUUGGAAGAAACGGAACUUAUGAGUAAAAGAAUCGAGUCAUGUAACCACUGUGGCAACGAGACAUGGAGGUGCUGGUUGAAAAUAAGUCUAAAUGAGGAGAAGGACAUUCGACCACUUUAUAAGAGAAGUGUGAGUAAACGCCCUAUGUUGUAUAUAGCACUGCGAAACUUCGCAAUGAUUGUGUAUUCGAAUCUAUAGCUUUAGAUUAGCUCUUCUUAAACGUAUAUGUAAAGUAUAAUUUAAGUACUCGAGUGAUGUAGAGUAAGAGAGAAGAAAAACUCAUCUCUGAAACAUUCAAUUAUUAUUAAUGUUUUUAUGUUAUUUUUUAUUUUUGUUUUCCUCAAUUUAAUUGAAUUUUCAGUUACGCAUCUCGUUUUGUUUCAAAUACUUUUUUUCCCUUGAGGAUCAAGUGUAUUAUUUUUAAUUGCAGUAAUUAUAUGAAGCUGAUUAAGAAAAUAGCUACAGAUUUUAUUCGAUCUCACUUUGAAUGAUAGUAUUACUCGAUUUUGGUAUUUGUGAAUUGGCACAAAAAGGUUUCACUUGGAAAGUUAUGACGGGAUGUAAACUGCGUGAGAUCAGCAUAAUUUUGAGUAUGAUUUUGGGCUUAAUCAUUGUUAAUCAAAUGUGCAAAUUAUUAAUAUUGGUAGGAUUAAUAAUAAUUAUUAUAAAAAUAACAAUAAAAAGAAUUUCAUAGUAA